AUGAGCGGCGGCGAAGUGGUCUGCUCGGGAUGGCUCCGCAAGUCGCCCCCGGAGAAAAAGUUGAAGCGUUAUGCGUGGAAGAGGAGAUGGUUUGUGUUACGCAGUGGCCGUUUGACUGGAGAUCCUGACGUGUUGGAAUAUUACAAAAAUGAUCAUGCCAAGAAGCCUAUCCGCAUUAUUGAUUUAAAUUUAUGUCAGCAAGUUGAUGCUGGAUUGACAUUUAACAAAAAAGAGUUUGAAAACAGCUACAUUUUUGAUAUCAACACCAUUGACCGAAUUUUCUACCUGGUAGCAGACAGCGAGGAAGAGAUGAAUAAGUGGGUUCGCUGUAUUUGCGACAUCUGUGGGUUUAAUCCUACAGAAGAAGAUCCUGUGAAGCCCCCUGGCAGCUCCUUGCAAGUGGAUUUACCGUCAGCUGUCAUUACAACACCACCGUCCGCCCAGGUGGACUCGUCCUCUGCUGCCCACCCUCCUCCAUAUCAGCUCCUUAACCUGCCGCCACAUCUGGAGACUCUUGGCAUCCAGGAGGAUCCUCAAGACUACCUCUUGCUAGUCAACUGUCAAAGCAAGAUACCUGAACCCACCAGAACACACGCUGAUUCUGCAAAAUCCACCUCCUCCGAGACAGACUGCAACGACAACGUCCCCGCCCACAAAGGCCCGGCGCCGAGCAAACCGGGGCUGAACGGCUUCUUCCCGCCACCGCACCUGGUGUACGACUCGCCGCCGCCCCGCGCCGCGCCCGCGCCCGCGGACGCCGGGCUCUACAGCCUGCCGCGCAGCUUCUCCCACGACCUGCUGCCCCGGGCGUCCCCCGCGGCCGACGCGGACGGCGAGCUCUACGUGUUCAACACGCCGCUGGCCCCCGCGGGCCUGGACGCCCCGCUGCGGCACCUGCCCGUCAGCUACGACAUUCCCCCGGCGCCCGGCAACGCCUACCAGAUCCCACGGACGUUUGCGGACGGACCCCUGGCGCAGGCGGCAAAGCUGGACCCCAUUCCGGACGUCCCCCCGCCCCGGCCGCCCAAGCCGCACGCGGCCCACGACCGCUCCCCCGUGGAAGCCGGCAGCCUCGCCCGCGCCGCCUCCGACACCGACAACAGCUACUGCGUCCCCGUCCCCGUCCCCGCCGCGGGCAUGCCGGCCUCCCGCAGCAACACCAUCUCCACUGUGGAUCUGAACAAGCUGCGCAAAGACGCUAGUUCUCAAGACUGCUAUGAUAUUCCACGAACAUUUCCAAGUGAUAGAUCUAGUUCCCUUGAAGGCUUCCAUAACCACUUUAAAACCAAAAAUGUAUUGACAGUGGGAAGUGUAUCAAGUGAGGAGCUGGAUGAGAAUUAUGUGCCGAUGAAUCCCAACUCUCCGCCGAGACAGCAUUCCAGCAGUUUUACGGAGCCCAUUCAGGAGGCAAAUUAUGUGCCCAUGACCCCAGGGACGUUUGAUUUCUCCUCAUUUGGAAUGCAAGUUCCUCCUCCUGCUCAUAUGGGCUUCCGGUCCAGCCCCAAGACCCCUCCCAGAAGGCCCGUCCCCGUUGCAGACUGUGAACCACCCCCCGUGGAUAGGAACCUCAAGCCGGACAGAAAAGCCAAGCCAGCACCUUUAGAAAUAAAACCUUUGCCAGAAUGGGAAGAAUUACAAGCCCCAGUUCGGUCUCCCAUCACCAGAAGUUUUGCUCGAGAUUCUUCUAGGUUUCCCAUGUCUCCCCGACCGGAUUCAGUGCAUAGCACAACUUCAAGCAGUGACUCGCAUGACAGUGAAGAGAAUUAUGUGCCCAUGAACCCAAACCUAUCUGGUGAAGACUCGAAUCAUUUUGGCAAUCUUGAUGGAGGAAGUAGCCCUAUGAUCAAGCCCAAAGGAGACAAACAAGUGGAAUACCUCGAUCUAGAUUUAGAUUCUGGAAAAUCCACACCACCACGUAAACAAAAGAUCAGUGGCUCAGGAAGCGGUGUAGCAGACGAGAGAGUGGAUUAUGUUGUGGUUGACCAACAGAAGACCCUCGCUCUGAAGAGCACCCGAGAAGCCUGGACAGACGGGAGACAGUCCACAGAAUCCGAAACACCAACCAAGAGUGUGAAAUGA